AUGAUUGUUCCCAUCCGUUGCUUUUCGUGCGGCAAGGUCACGGGCGACCUGUGGGAGAAGUACAUGACCAUUCUCAGUGAAGGCAAAGAAGAAGCUGAGGCCCUCGACGAGAUCGGUCUCCAACGCUACUGCUGCCGCCGCAUGAUUCUUACCCACGUCGAUCUCAUCGAAAAGCUCCUCAAAUACAAUGCUAGCGAAAGAGAACAAGCCCGCGCCGCCCGGGGAGGACGAUAG